AUGUCUGAGCGUCGACGCGCAGAAAUCCAGGAGAAGCGCGCUCGCCUCGCCCAGCUCAAGCAGGCCCGCGAGGACCGCGAGAACCAGGCGCGUGCCGCCGCCGCCGCCGCCUCCCUCGCCGCCGCCUCGGGCCUCCCUCCCGACCCACCCUCGUCCACCGAGCCGACCCCACUCGCACGACCGACAAAGGGCAGCGCCACCAGCUCGUCCAGGGCCGACGAGAUCGACUCGCUCCUGCGCACCGUCGGCGUCGCCCGCGACCGCACCUCGGCCCUCCUCGCGCCCGACUCGGCCUCUGCAACCGCCCUCGGCUCGUCCACCGCGUCUCGAGCGGCGAGCAGUGCGGCGGGAGAGGCCGACGGCGACGACGACGAGCCCGGCGGGCGCGCGGCCGUCGAGUCGCCCGUCGCACCUCUUUCGGCGGCCGCUGUCGAGCACGUCGACGCCGACCAGGCCUGGCCUGCCCCAUCCGCGACCGACCCGUACCCCAAGGUCGUGUACGACAAGGGCAUCCAGACCUCGUCCGAACUCUUGCCGCACGCCUCGACGACCUCGACCGAGGCGUCCACCUCGACCGGGACGGCGACGACGGCCGUCACGAGCGAGACGGCCGACACGCUGCGCGCGCGCAUCGUCGCCGAGCUCGAAGCCGAGCGCGCCGCGCUCGACGCCGCCAUCGCGUCCGAGCGCGCCCUUGCCGCCCGGGCCCUCGAGCUCGAGCGCGCGGCGGGCCUCGCCCCUCGGCAGCUCGCGUCCGUCCUGUCGUCGCCCGCGUUUGCCGAGUUUGUCGACAGCUCGACAAAGGUCGUCCAGAGGGCCUUGAGCGACUCGUACGACUACCUGCGCGACUACUCGGUCGGCGGCGGUGGGGCGCCGGGCGCGGGAGGCGAGGACGACGGCGAGGGGGACGAGGGCGGGAGGAGGUCGAGGUGCAGGUUGGUCGGGAGGUGGAAGGACGAGACGUGGGGCAGAGGGAGGAGCGUCACGGGCCUCGACUGGAGCCACAAGUUUCCCGAGCUGUUCGUCGCGUCGUACAACAAGAACCCGAUGGCGGUCAACGAGCCCGACGGCAUCGCCGCCGUGUGGAACCUGCACCUCCUCGAGCGGCCAGAGUUUGUCUUCCACGCCCAGUCGGACAUCCUGUCGGUCUCGUUCUCGCCGUUCCACCCGAACCUGGUCGUCGGCGGCACCUACUCGGGCCAGAUCCUCCUGUGGGACACGCGCUCGCGGCACUCGUUCCCGGUCCUCAAGACGCCGCUGUCGUCGUCGGGCGGGCACACGCACCCGGUCUACUCGCUCGAGCUCGUCGGGACCCCGAACGCGCACUCGCUCGUCAGCGCGUCGACCGACGGCACCGUGUGCGCGUGGGCGCUCGACAUGCUCGCGCGCCCGAACGAGACGCUCGAGCUCGUGCACCCGCAGCACAACAAGACGGACGAGGUGAGCGUCACGGCGCUCGGGCUCCCGCGCAACGCCGACGCGACCACGACCCUCUUUGCCGGCACCGAGGAGGGCACCGUGUACCCGGCGCACCGGUACGACCGCGCCGGCGCCAAAGCCGGCAUCGUGCCCGGCGAGGCGUACCGCGGCCACGCUGGACCCGUCACCGGCAUCGAUUUCCACCCGGUCGAGGGCACGGUCGACCUGAGCGACCUGUUCCUCACGAGCGGCGUCGACUGGACCGUCAAGCUGUGGCGCGUCGGCGGCAGCCACGGUGCCGCAGCCGCAGCAUCGUCGUCGUCGUCGUCCUCGGCAUCGGGCGGGUUCGCGCCGCUCCUGUCGUUCGAGGAGGCCGACGACUACGUGUACGACGUCAGGUGGCACCCGCGCCACCCGGCCAUGUUUGGCAGCGUCGACGGCGCCGGCAGGUUCGACGUGUGGAACCUCAACGUCGACACCGAGGUGCGUCCGGCUCUCUGUCUCUUUCUCUUGCCUCGGCUCAACAAGCUCGCGUGGGACCGCUCGAGGGAGGGAAGAAGGGCGGCGGUCGGGAGCGCCGACGGGAGCGUGUACGUGUACGAGCUCGCGCAGGACGUCGUCACGCCCCGCGAAGGCGAGUGGGAGCAGAUGCGCAAAACGUGCACGGCGGCUUUGAGGGCGCAGCAGCAGGGCGCGUUCGACGGCGGCGCUGGGUCGUUCUCGGGCAGGUGA